AGUGGAGUUCCGUAUCGAUACAGCCCAACCAGAACACUGCAAACUCCACAGUGAAUCGUGUACAGAUAUCAUCUUCAGUGUGGACAAUGACAUCCACGUGACUCAGACUCCAAUUGUUUUGAACUGGAAUGGCUGGACUGACUCUCUGUCUGGAAUGUUCCGCUACGCAUGGGAAGUUUUCAAAUUGGUGCCAGACAUUAGCGGUAGACUGCACGAGCAAUAUCCACUAAAACCCUUGAAGACAACGGAAGUGAUGCACGCAAAUCUUAGUAGCGUGACACCGUCUUACCAACCGACAGGAGUUGGGAUGUAUUCCUUCAUUCUAGAAGCUUCUGAUUUGGCAAACAACUCUCGCUUUAUAAGACGCUUAUGUCUGUAUGACCCAUCAUCAGAAAUCACUCUCAGUUCUGAGACAUUUGAAGUAUCUUCAGCUAGAGGAUUCCGAAAAGAUGCCUGGACCUCCAACAUAAGCAGUCCACUGAUCAUAAGCUGGAAAGAUCAUUUCGUUAACAAGAUGCACGAAGACAAUAAGCUUCUUAACCCUGUGAAGGAAUAUUUAAAGAAGCGGGAUGAUGGCUUGAAGAGAAUUGAUCAGGACGACACCUUUGGUAAGAGAACAAUAAAAGGCAUCGGCAACAGCCGUGGCAUUGUCAGGUUUGAGGUUGCCCAUGCUAAAGACAGUAAUGGAGGAAGAGGACAACUAGAGCCGACAAAUGGAUGGAGAAAUUUAACUUAUUCAACUCUGAGUACAUCUGUAGCUCCUAAUAAUCCAAGCAAAGGAGACACUGUCAGUAUCUGGGUACGAGCUACGGACAUCACAGGUCGAAGUAAGACAGACGUGAUCCGGGUUCACUAUGAUGAUUCACCACCAAACGCGUUAAAACAAGUACACUUUAAAAGAAAUGUUCCUGGCAUUUAUCCAUUUGGAUCAAAAGUUACCUUGACUACAUCCGACAGAGAGAGUGGUGUUCAUCAAGUCAACAUGACAGUUGUUAGAAUGAAAGUAGAUUCCGACAUGAGAUCUCAUUCGUUCCAUAUCCCCACUAUACCUAAGUCAGCAUGCACGGAUGAGUUACAAGACAACUGUUUCUGUUCGAAUGACCAACCAGACAUGUGUCAGAAGAAAACCCAAGUUCUGGAUAUCAACAACUGCUGGCUGAUGGUUCCAAGGGAUGGACUCAAAUCCGAGAUGGUGGAGUUGAGAUUUCAGAUUUUCAAUAAUGCGCUUCUCUCUGUCAUCCGAUCAGUUAAUGUUUCUAGUUUGGUAACUCUAAAUGGCACAGAAGCCUUCCUGGGGCCUAUGCAUAUUCGUACUGAAAGUAUUACCACGACUGGAGCUAGGAUCAGGUGGGACCUCGCCCCCGCAUGUUACGAACGAACAGAAAUGUGGAUCAACUACAGGAACAAAGAUAGAAAGUUGAUCAAGAAGAGUUUGCACAAAGAUGCAGUGUUUGAAGAUAUUAUCGAACUCGAACCCGGUACCAAAUACACCAUACAGCUGAUAACUCAGUACGGAGAGAUCAUGAGUGAACCAGUGAACUUUAAUCUAGUAACUCAAUCCCUCCCAGAAUUUGGUGGACUGACUGGCGGCGCGGUUGCUGGGAUCGUUAUUGGAGUCUUAAUUCUCAUUGUCCUUGUUCUGCUACUCGUUGGCUUUCUUCUCUGGCGGACAGGGCGGUUUCUGGGGCGUUCUGGGAACAAAUAUAAAGAAUCAGAUCACGUAUCUAUCCGCAACAGAAUAAUGAAAACCAAGACUACGAACGUGGCUCAAACAUCACAUUCUUUGUCUGUGGCUAACAAUGCUUAUUCGCCGGGUGACGAGAUAUACUUGUACGGAAACAUGAGUUUUGAUACAGCACAACCUUGGCAAGUCAACCAGGACCACCUUACGUUAGUGGAGCUCUUCCAUACAGGACGAUUUGCGAAAAUCUACAGAGCGACGUGGAAAGGAGCGCACAAGGAACACAGUGAUGUCAUUGCAAAGUUGGUCAAAGACAAUCUUAAAGAAGAUGAUGUUCUUACCAUGAUGGCAAAGAUCAACUUUGCCGCUACCCAGGUGGGAGAACAUCCAAACAUUUUGCGAUUUCUUGGAGCUGUUGUGGAAAAUGACCAAUUGGGCCCUAUAAUGAUUGUGGAAUACUGCGAGACUGGACAGCUUGACCAAUGGUUGACCAAACAGCAAGGCCAGACAACAGAUGACACCAUCGAGAAGAUGCAGAGGAUUGCCAUGGAGAUCGCCCAGGCCAUGGCGUAUCUGACGUCACGAGGGAUCGUGCACAAGAAGCUUGCAGCACGAAAUGUUCUUUUGACCUUCACUGUUCAAGCCAAGGUCACGGGAUUUGGACCACAACGUGGCGAUAACAAUGAGGAGGAUGCAAAUUCCAAAGGAGAUCGUAUUCCUGUCAAAUGGACUGCCCCGGAAUGUCUCAAGACUUUGAAAGACGCUGAUGAAAAGAGUGAUGUGUGGUCUUAUGGCGUCGUUCUGUGGGAAAUAUUCUCUUUGGGACAAACACCCUAUCCUAACAUUCGAAGUCGUGACAUUGCUGGCAAACUGAAGGGUGGCUACAGACUUGAACGGCCGGAGUUCUGUGAAGAUCUCCACUACAAAAUGAUGCAGGACUGCUGGGCAGACAAAGCGAGGAACAGACCAACGUUCAAGAAACUGGUUGACCAGCAAGAGUCCUUGUUUGGCCUGAGGCCCACGUCUAACGAGUUCUAUUACUACGAGAAGUGAUAACCAACAUGUUCAGUAAAACGGUUGACUUUUUAAACGAGAUGUCUGCUGUAAUAGAGACCUAUUUGUAUUACAUAGUUAAAGAUAUACUAUAACGAUAAUUGUCGGUAUUAUGAUGACAGUAGCAUAUUGAAGACUUUUUAAACGAGAUGUCUGCUGUAAUAGAGACCUAUUUGUAUUACGUAGUUAAAGAUAUAUUAUAACGAUAAUUGUCUGUAUUAUGAUGUCAGUAGCAUAUUGAAGACUUUUUAAACGAGAUAUCUGCUGUAAUAGAGACCUAUUUGUAUUACGUAGUUAAAGAUGUACUAUAACGAUAAUUGUCUGUAUUAUGAUGACAGUGGCAUAUUGAAGACUUUUUAAACGAGAUAUCUGCUGUAAUAGAGACCUAUUUGUAUUACCUAUUUAAAGAUAUACUAUGACGAUAAUUGUCUGUAGUAUGAUGACAGUAUAGCAUAUUGAAGAAAUGUGUGUAUAUAUAUUCGAUUUUGUUUUUAAUUAUUAUUGUUUUAUUGUCCCAGACGAAUACAUAGUGUUAGGGUUGGGGCCCCGAAUCACUGAAAUACAUAGCAUAUAUAUUAGUAGCAACAUAUACAGGUAAUUACAUAGACAUAUCUAGUAUGAAGAAAUAUUCUUUAAACUCCUCUAGGGCCCUAAACCUCUAUAAUACAUGGCAUAUAUAUUAGUAGUAACAUAUACAGGUAAUUACAUAGACAUAUCUAGUAUGAAGAAAUAUUCUUUAAACUCCUCUAGGGCCCUAAACCUCUACAAUACAUGGCAUAUAUAUUAGUAGUAACAUAUACAGGUAAUUACAUAGACAUAUCUAGUAUGAUGAAAACUCCUCUAGGGCACUAAAUCACUAUAAUACAUAGCAUAUAUAUUAGUAGCAACAUAUACAGGUAAUUACAUAGACAUAUCUAGUACGAAGAAAUAGUCUUUAAACUCCUCUAGGACACUAAAUCACUAUAAUACAUAGCAUAUAUAUUAGUAGCAACAUAUACAGGUAAUUACAUAGAUAUAUCUAGUAUGAAGAAAUAGUCUUUAAACUCCUCUAGGACACUAAAUCACUAUAAUACAUAGCAUAUAUAUUAGUAGCAACAUAUACAGGUAAUUACAUAGACGUAUCUAGUACGAAGAAAUAUUCUUUAAACUCCUCUAGGACACUAAAUCACUAUAAUACAUAGCAUAUAUAUUAGUAGCAACAUAUACAGGUAAUUACAUAGACGUAUCAAGUAUGAAGAAAUAUUCUUUAAACUCCUCUAGGACACUAAAUCACUAUAAUACAUAGCAUAUAUAUUAGUAGCAACAUAUACAGGUAAUUACAUAGACGUAUCUAGUAUGAAGAAAUAUUCUUUA